GCCAACGGUGCCUCACAGGUGUGCGAGUGCAAGCUUUGGUCUAAACAAUCUGAUCUGAGAAAGAGAUCUGCGUACGCUUGGAUACAUCAAUUGGAUAAGACACACACACACACACAAACAACCCACAAGGAAUACUAUGUGCAUGAAAUAUUCCCGACGAAGUUGAAAUUAAGUGCAAGCUAUUGUGAUAAAAGUGAUAAAGAUACAGAUAAAUAUAUAUAUAUAUUUAUGUAUAUAUAUAUAUAGAGAGAGAGAGAUAUAAUUGAAGAGUUUGUGCAUCAUGUGGAAGUUCGUCUGUCUAAUGCUGCUCCUGGCCACUGGCUGUAGCGCGGGCCCGCUUGCCCAGCAACAGAGAAAGAAUAUGCCUAUUGUGGCACGCGAGGACAGCGCACCGGCUGUGCAGGAAUCCGACAUGGAGGCGGAGGCGGAGCCGGAAAUGACGGCCAGCGGCAGUGCAGCAGAAGCAGCUCCACUGGCAGGCACAUUGACGCUACCGAGCAAUGCCACCUCCAUACGGGCGGACAUAACGGACAACUUUUCGUGUGCUAACAAAUCCUAUGGCUACUAUGCGGAUGUGGAGAACGAUUGCCAGAUCUUCCAUGUGUGCCUGCCGGUGACCUACGCGGAUGGCAAGGAGAAUACCUUCCGCUGGAGCUUCAUUUGCCCCGAGGAGACGAUAUUCAGUCAGGAAUCAUUCACCUGUAUGCGUCGCGAGGACAUGACCAUUGAGUGUGAGGACAGCUCCAGGUACUACGAGCUAAACGGGAACUUUGGCUUGCCCAUGGAGGAGGAGAAGGAGAACGCCAAUAAGCCAGGAGCAGCAGCGGCUACAGAGAGUGAAGAGCCUGACCAACCCGAGGAAAGCGAAGUGCCUGCUCCUUCGGAGCCCGCUGCAGCCGUCGCUACGCCUGAGCCAGCGAAACCAGUGAAGGUGCAAAAGCCCAAGCCAAAGCCCAAUCGCCGCAAGCCCGCCGUCACAUACAACAAACCCGCCGUCGUAUACAACAAGCCGCAACGAAAGGCGCCCGUUGUUGCCACAGCAGCUCCGGUUGUUGAACCCAUCGUGGAAUCAGAACCCGAAGUCGUUAUCGUGCCUGUCCAGCAGGCGUCCAAGCAUCCGAAGCCACAGCGUUUUAGCGUUCGGCCCAACAAGGAUAAGCCCAAGCCGGUUGUGCCGGCAACUGCCGCGCCUGUUCGCAAUGAGCUCUUCAAUGCCAUACGAAAGCGUCCGGCAAUCUUCAACAAGAACAGCGUUUCCAGCACCGCAAAACCUGUGCAGGAGGCGACAGAGGCAUCGGUCACUGAAGAAGUUGUCCAGGCGGAGCUGAAUGAGCCGCAGCCCACGCUCAAAUUGCAGACAAUUUUUGUGGAGCCAGUUGCCCAGGCCUCCGAGCCAGUUGUGGCUAUUGCACAGCCCGAGUUAGAUGCUGAGCCAGAGCCAGAGGAGCCGGAAGCAGAGCCAGAACAAACCAAACUAAAGGAACCGAUGGAGGAAGCUAGUCCAAUGCCUGAGCAAAUGCUUGAAAUGAAGCCCAUUGAAGCCAUUCCAGAGAUUCCAGCUGUGAUUGUCGAGAGCUUGGCAGAAAAGCCACAAGAGAUUGAGAAUAAACCUCAAAUGGAAGUUGUAGCCGAAGACAGUGCAAUGGAGCCCGCGAUUAUGGAGCCUAGCGGCUCCGGUGAGGAAAGUUUGAACAAUAUUGAAGCGCUGGAGGCGGCAAAGCCAGCAGAUGCGCCCGUCAGCCUGCCAGCUACGCCAGAAAUGGCCAACCCCAGUCCCCUCGUGGAGGAGAUGCUGGACAACAACAGCGAGGUACAGGAAUCUCUUGGCGGCUUCAAGCCUGUCGAUCCAGCCAUGGCUGCGGAGGCGGAACAACUGAUCACCGACUUUCUGAAUACGUUGCGCAAGCACGAGAAGAAAACCGAAACUGAGCUGGCUAAUGCUGCCAUGGACAUAGCCGAAACUGUUGAGCAGCAGCAGCCACAAAAUCAAGAGAUCGACUCGAACCCUGCGAUUGAGGAAACCGAAGCCGUUUCCAUUGAGGAGGCCAAGCUGCCCGAGCCCGACAAAGUAGAUCCGAUUGCAUCGGUCGAGGAGCAGCUGCUGGAAACGGAGACGAAACAGAAACAGAAACCGGACUCGCCCAUCAUCAACAUUAUGCAGCUAAACCAUUUGCCCGCAGACUAUCAAAUACCCGUGCAGGUGGUUGCCGCGCCAGAGCCAGAACCUGAAGCAGCCGAGGAAUCGGCCAAAGAGACAGAAGUCAAAGAAGCAAUCCAAGACGAUGCCCAGGAGAGUCUGGCCUCAGCUGCCUAUAUGCCCGGCAUCAGUAUUGACGACAUUGUGGAACUUGUCAAGGAACGUCUAGAUCAGAAUCCCAAGAAUGAGCAGCUGACGCCCAUGGAGCUGGUGCUCACACCAGGUGCUGCUGCUCCCAUGACACUGAUCGAGAGCACGGCAGAGCAAAAGCCAGAGAGAGAGCAAUCUGCGCCAGCUGCAGCUCUAAUUGUGGAGCCGGCGCCAGCUGCUGCAGAGGAGGAUGGACCUAUUCUGCCCAUUUACAAGCGCGUUUCUGUCGCGGAUCCGGCAAUGUCCGCGGCGCAAACCCAGCCGGUGACCGUCAGCAAAGUCGAGGGUGAGGCGACACCCCAGCAGGAGGUGAUUGAGGUGCGUGAGCCCAAGUCCCAGACUAGAAUGGAUGCACGCAAGCGUCGCUUUCUCUUUCGCGCCGAUGCCAGUUAGAAGGAGUUGCCCGACUCUCCCUUCAAGCAACACCCGCCCGCAAAAUUCUCCCAAAAGCGGUAGCCUAGCGGAGCCCAUUUGAAACCCAGGUCCGGGCUUCCGAUGCUGUUCCCACUCAAUUGCAGCUUUACAGACUAUUUUUUGAAUUUUCUAGUUUUAUGGCCAUUUCUUUCGUACGAGAGUUGAAAUUUAAGUUUAGCAUUGUUAAAAAACAAACAAGACAAACAA